GUUGCCAUGGUUUCGACAGUGAAGCAUGAGAAUUUUGUUGAGCUUCUCGGUUACUGUGUUGACAGCCCUCUCCGAGUUCUUCAAUAUGAGUACACUCCUCACGGAUCGCUUCACCACAUUCUUCACGAUGAGAAUCAUCAUUGUCGUGGGGAUGGGACGGGUGCGCAGCAAGGUCUGGUCCUGUCUUGGGUGCAGAGAGUUAAAAUUGCCGUUGGAGUGGCGAGAGGACUUGAAUAUUUGCACGAGAUUGCGCAGCCUUGUAUAGCUCAUUGUUAUAUUAAGUCCAGAAACUUUCUUCUUUUCGAUCAUUAUGUUGCUAAAAUUACAGACAUUGAUUUUUCGAGUAAAGCCCCUCUCCUGGUCGCGAGUGUUCAUUCCACCAGUGUACUAGGGAGCAUUGGUUAUCAAGCUCCGGAAUGCGUGAUGACGGGAUGUCUGAACUCGAACAGUAAUGUGUACAGCUUCGGCAUUGUUCUCCUAGAACUCUUGACUGGACGUAAACUUGUCGAUCAUACAAUGCCGCCUAGGCAGCGAAGCCUUCUUGAAUGGGCAUUGCCCAAGCUCGGUGAAAAGGAGGUGGACCAGUGCGUGGAUCCGAGGCUAAAUGGAGAAUAUCCUCCAAAGGCAGUAGCAAAGAUUCCUUCUGUAGCUGCCCUAUGUGUGCAACGUGAACCCGGUCUCCGUCCCACCAUUAGCAUUGUGGUCAAAGAUCUGCAGCCUAUGGUUUCCUUGCGCGCGCUGUCGGACGGCGAGUCCGGCGGCUUCUCUCUCCCUCAUAGGAAGCGGCUGAGGGUAUUGAAUUCUGAGCGUGGAUAUGUGGAUUCGCACGUGUGUAUGGGCGGUUAUGGCGGUCCCGUUUCUCCGGGCGAGCACGCGACGGAGGGGCGCCACUCGUUUCGCGGGUGCUCGAGCGGCAUUCAUGGUACGUCAUCUUGCUGCGACAUGGAGGAAGAAAUUGGCGCAAACUCUGCGACAGAGUCCACCUUACAGUCAAAUAGCAAGAGUGAUGAGACCCUUGCUUCGUGUAACACUGGGGUUGCAUCGUACACGAAUAAGAGUCACGUGGUGCAUGCGCAAAAUGCUUUUGUUAGUGGGUGGAUGUACAUGAACGAACAGGGGCAGAUGUGUGGUCCUUAUAUCCAACAGCAGUUGUUUGAGGGUUUAUCUACUGGUUUCUUACCCGAAGAACUACCUGUGUACCCGGUGUUGAAUGGAUCAUUGAUAAGCCCUGUACCCUUGAAAUAUUUCAAGCAGUUUCCUGUCCACAUUGCUACUGGAUUUGUUUACUUAUCCACUAAUCCUUGCACAACUAUGUUGCCAAAUUCGGUAACCUCUUCAACCAAAGGUUCCCUUAUACAUGAACAAGAAGGUUUUUCUGGUUAUGGUAACUUAAGUUUUCAGGUUCAAUCCCAAAUUUCUAUUGGCCAUGGUAGUUCUUCUAGCCAGGUGGUAGCAAAUUCCGGAAUAGCUACUCCAGCUGCAUCGUUCUUGGAGAUGGAUAGGGAGGCUCCUUGUUGGUUGUUGGAAGAUGAUGGAGGGAGGAAGCAUGGGCCACACCGUCUCUCAGAAUUAUAUGCUUGGUAUUUUCAUGGAUACCUGCAGGGUUCUUCAAUGGUAUAUCAUAUCAACAAUAAGUUUAAAUGCUCUUUGCUAUCCAUCAUUGAUGCAUGGAAAGCAGAGGGACACGGUGGUGAUAACUCAUCUAAUGCUCAAGUUGACGAGAGUAACUCUGCUCUAAGCUUCACAUCAGAUAUUUCCGGAGCAUUUUCUUUGCAAUUGCAUGGCGGUGUCAUGAAAUCUGUUCGAAGAGUGCUGCUGGAUGAGAUCAUCAGUAAUAUUAUUGCUGACACUGCAAAUAUGAAGAAAAUGCAAAGAAAUCUUAAGCUUGAGUCUUCAAAUCAAGCCAAAGGGACUCACCUCCUUGACGUUGAAGAGCCUGAAAUUGUUAAUCAGAGCAUAUGCUCCAUGGAACCCGUUUGUGGGCUAGGAGUCUCUGGAAAUAUUUCUCAUCGGAAAUGCACUGAAGAUCCUGCACAAUCUCCUGCUCGUGAUUGUGAGUUACAUGCCUUUGGCAUUAUAUCUGAUCGAAGUUGCAUUGCUGAAGUUCCUGCACAUUCUCCUAGGGUAUACAAAUCUGUUGGAGGCAUUGAGAAUUUUAAUGCUUCAUGCUCAGUUGUAUGUGGAAUGCUUUUCAAGUAUUGCAUGGAAGUGGCCUGGAAUGGUAUCUUUUAUGAUACCAUAGCAGAUUAUGCCACUGCUUGGAGGAGGCAAAAGCUCUGGUUCGGUCAACCAAGGUUAACCUUCCCCAGCAGCGAGGGCGAGGAACUUAUGACUGUAAAUCAGUCCCUUUCUGAAUCGCCAGCUAUGGAACGAGAUGCUGAUUGCCCUCCUGGUUUUGAGUCUGUGAAUAUAGACACAGAUGGACGGGCUUUUCUUGUACUUUCUGCUUUACGAGGAGAGAGUUCAUCUGAACAUAGGAGCUCUGUUGAAACAAUCAAUUGCAUCCGAGAAAGGGUUGAGAGAGAACUGCAUGUGGAUGCAAAGAAUUCUUUGGUUGAAUAUGCCAGAUAUUUUAUAGAGGAGGAGGUCAGCAAACUAGUUAGGUUGUCAGAAAAUGACCCAUUUUAUGAGGAAAAUUUUGAGACUUUAUCUCAGUUGCAUCAUGAAUCCAGUUCAUCCGACUUGCCUACUGAUUCAAGGUCUGAUAAUGUGUUGAUGACUGCUGAAAGUUCUCAAACUCCGGUGGAAGCAGUUACAAGCUUUCCUGAAACCUCAAUGGACAAUGUUUCUCGCAUCUUGGGUUGUAUUUUCACAGAACUGUGCACAGGAUUGGGUAAUGUGAUUGUUGGCCAAGAAACAGAUGAGCCUCCACCCCCGGGACUUGAUGGCAGUAUUAAAAGUUCCUUUCCAUCUGGUUUACGUAAAUUCCAGCCUGUACAGUCCAAGGAGUGUAUGCCUCCGAGGGCAGAAUAUACUUCCAUGGCAAUGUGCAGGCAGAAGUUGUAUGAUGAGGUGCUGGGUGAAUGGAAAUUGUUAUUCCGUGGUUCUCUUCAGCAAUUUGUUAUAUCCUGGCAUGAUUCAAAAAACCGUAGAUUUGAUAAGAACAAAUCUUCUAAUGUACAUAGGGAACGUGCUAAAGAUGAAUCUGCUGUAGUCAAAUCAGAAGAUGGUUCAAAGUCUUUACAGCACGGCCAAUAUACAUAUUUCCGGAAAAAGAAUCAAGUAAGGAAAAGAGUCAGUUUAUCUUCUCAAUCUGUUACCAUUUCUGGUGCUGGUUCAAUGAAUCUACAAGCAGAAAAGUUGAGGGAAGAGGAGUUCUCCAAGGAUACUGCGCAUGUUAAAACUACAGCUGUGGUUCCCAAGAAGAGAAGGCUUACUAAAGGGCAGACUGAAUCAUCUGCUUGUUCAAGGUCGUUUCAAGCCACUUUGAAGAGAGGCUUGCCAAGUAAGAGCACACCAGAGAAGACUUCGAGAUUUAAAAAAGUCAAGGCUUCUGUGACCUUUAAAGAGGGCGAGGCUUCGGAGUGUGCUAUAAAACCUAAGAAAACAGAAGUUGUAAAUCAGCCGCAGGAACUUGAAGAUAGAGCAGACAAGAACAUCAAUGGGUUGAGGACCAAAAGAGUGGCCUCGGCAAAUUAUUCAAAGAACGUGCAGAAAUUGGUAAAGGUAUCAUCAAAAAUUAAAAAGAAGCAGGUGAUUGAUCAUUGCUUGCCCCAUCCUGAAGAGGUCUUGGUGCCAAAUGGUGUCUCAAAGAAAGCUCAGCGGAGACAGGAUGGGUCGCAGAAGUCCAAGUCCAGUAAGUCCAAGACAUGUAAGCCUUGCCCUAUUUCUGAUGGAUGUGCACGAUCUUCAAUUAAUGGGUGGGAAUGGCAUAAAUGGUCAAUGAAAGCAAGCCCUACUGAAAAAGCUCGAAGCAGGGGAGUUCAACAUAUUCAAUCAAAGAAAACAGGCUCCCAAAUUAACACAUUUCAGUGGUCAAAUGGUAAGGGUAUUUCUGCAAGAACAAACAGGGUGAAGAUGCGGAAUCUUCUUGCUGCUGCGGAGGGUGCUGAUCUUCUUAAAGCCUCUCAACUAAAGGCAAGAAAGAAACGUCUGAGUUUUCAACGAAGCAGGAUACAUGACUGGGGUCUUAUUGCCCAGGAACCAAUCGAGGCAGAGGAUUUUGUUAUUGAAUAUGUUGGUGAAUUAAUUCGUCCUCAGGUAUCUGAUAUACGUGAACGGCAUUAUGAGAAGAUGGGCAUUGGCAGCAGCUAUCUUUUCAGGCUGGAUGAUGGUUAUGUGGUUGAUGCUACAAAGCGUGGUGGGAUUGCCAGAUUCAUAAAUCAUUCUUGCGAGCCUAAUUGCUACACCAAAAUCAUUAGUGUAGAUGGUCAGAAGAGGAUUUUUAUAUAUGCAAAGCGGCAUAUAGCUGCCGGUGAAGAACUUACUUACAAUUACAAGUUUCCUUUGGAAGAGAAAAAGAUCCCCUGCAACUGUGGUUCUAGAAGGUGUCGUGGAUCAUUAAAUUGAGAUCCGUUCGGAGUUGCUCUCUGUGAAUUGUGUCAGGUCUGUCCCAUCGGCUCCCUUUCAAGUACACAUGGACAUGGCUUGCUUUCUUCAUAUUGUACAGUCAGAUAUUGAUUUAUACCAAAGGUCACAGACGCAAUUGCUGAUGAAGGGCGAAUGACGUGAUCAUGGUGUAAGUCCAUUUAGGAUUAAGUGCCAGAGGUCAGAGUUCUAUUGAUGUCUUCUGGGUAUGUAUACUGUCUGCUCCACCUCCACCUCCACCUCCGCAUCCACAUCCUUUGACAUAAACGCAGAGCCUUGGAGAGGAAAUAAGGAAGGAGGCGGAAACAAAUGUACGAUGUUGCUUAGUGGCACGGAGACGGUCCAGAUGGCGCAACAUCAGAGACUUUGGGUUCGUUUUAUAAGAGAAAAAUACUUGAACGGACUGACUCCAUUCUCAGGGAUAAAACUUAGUAAUGGUGCUGUCGGCAUGAUGAUAGGCUAAAUUGGCACUAUCCAUGGGACUCCAUGGAAGUCGCAUAAGGGAAAGGGUAAAGGCACGUAUGGUCAAAAUCCCGAAAUCCCACUCUUCUUUCGCUAUCAAACCAUUGAAGAUAAAUGCAAAUGGGUUUUCAUCAAAUUGCUUGAGCACGGGAGAAGGGAGAGUACGUUCUAAAAAUCAAAAUGAAAUUCUCCCCUCCUGAAAAAUUUAAUGGAAGAGGUCAUCUUUUACUAUGGAUGUCCAGGUGUAAGUUAAUGGGGUUCAGUGGGUUUGUAGCUUUUGGCAGUAUCCUAUCUGCCAGAGUCACUGUAAUUUUCCCGGCAACUGCUUUCCUAAGCUGGAGGUGAAUUUGUAUCCAGAGGAACAAAUAUUUGGCAUUAUACUCGAUUGACAAGUGGUGCAAUGGACCGAGCCGAUGGCAUUGCUUUGUGUGAACUAGUGGUCUUUGGAUCCAAAGCUCUUGAUAUUUGACUGGCUUGAAUCAGUAGAAUGCAUUUAGAUAA